AUUGAUUAUUGUGUGGUGCGGAGUGAAGUGAAAAGCUCGUUGUUAUCCAUCGGCACAUCCACCCGAGAUGUGUUUGGAGUUGACUUGUCUAGAUAGCGAUAAAAUUACAAAAUAUUUUAUGAAUAACAAAUAAUUGUGAAUUAAAUUAGAUACCCUCCUUGUUUCUGUUAAUGUUUCACACUUCAAAUCGGGACGUGUUGUAGGCAGGUAGGCUUAAUCGUCGAAAUGAAAGCUUGCCAUUUUCUUUUAUUAUUAUUUGUGUGCACCGAUAUUAUUUUUGGUACGAAAGACACAGAAGAUGAGGAGACCAGAAAGAGGAUACUGGACCAAUUAACAAAGACACGAACUGUGUUAUUAGAUGAUUACCAUUUGGUCACUAGACAGGUUGCCACUGAUGUAUAUAUGUUUAGAAGUUACCGCACCGUUUCUGUUGUGUUCUACCCUGUUAUGAGGGAUGUUACCGACGCUCGCUUCACCUUCCAAUCUGAGGAGCUUCAUUUAAAUAACAUUGGAUCAUGCGAACCACAAGAGGUGAUUAUAAACCUCAAGCACGGGUCCUACCCUGCGGUUAAUCCGGAUGGAUACGACUUUCCCAAAGAUUUCUACGAUCCGGGGAAAAGGGAGCCCAUUUAUACAUUAGAACUGCUGUCAGACGGCAGAAACAAGACGUAUUCCAUAGAGAAUCCCAAGCCAGGCAACUGGUAUGCCUUGAUUUAUAUAAAAUGGGAGGAUCCAAGGACGCAAAAAGUUGAACAACAAGGUCUCGUUGCGAACUGCCAGACGAUACUUUACUCAGAUUUACAAGUAAAACGCAAUGAAGACAUCGAGUUGAUAGACUGUUACAAUGGUUUAACGGAAAUAAACUAUGCCGACUUGCCCGCUCUAUUCAAAUGUAUGUCCGUUGACAGAGUCGACCCGAUCGCUCUCAAUAUCUCAAUAGUCAACACUUCCGUAGGGGACAACGAACUGUUCUUUAGAGUACAAGCCCUAUCUAUACCGACAGUUGAGGAAAAUAUCAUAUAUUGUGCUUUCAAUCCCAGAGCAAAUAAUUUUCAAACCAUCACCUUUAUCCCUCACCCGAAUGCCUGGCAUUACAUCCACAUAGGACCUAUUGAUGGCAAUACAUCGAGUAUCGCUGACUGCGAAUCCUAUUACCUAAGAACAGACAUUGACGAGCUAGUCAACCACACAGUUGUAGACUUUAUGCGGGACGACAAAGGUCGAUUUUUCACCUUUGACUACGGUGUGCCCACCACAGACAUACAGGACACGACGAGUCUUAUUAACAUAACUUCGUCCGAAAUAAAAACGUUUAGGUUCAAAAUCAAUCAGUUUUUAGAUAUCGGAGGGAGUCUAUCAAUAGCAGCUAGUCUUCUUAUGAGUGUUAAAUAUUACAUGGGGUUCAAAAGGGAAGCAGAAAAGGAAACAUUGCUAGCCUUUACUGAGGAUAACCAGUUUUUCAAGGUCGUGUUGUGUGUGGAUAUUGGUCACCCAAGCAUACCAUUGGAGAGUGGUCAUUGCCGGUACAAUGAUAGGGUGACGCCGGCUCUGUUUGUGCUGAAUAGUACAGACUCGGAUUCGAUAUACGACAAGACCUUUAUUCCGUUUCCUGAUAGUGGAACUUGGUAUAUAACUGUUCGGUUGUUCUGUGAUCAGAGUGUUUGCCCUUGCCGUACUGCGGCUAACAAUACGAAGUAUUACGUAGAGGCUGAAGGGAGGAAGGAUAUUGAUGACUCUGUACUUGGGACCAACGAGACUCGGCUCGGUACGUCAGAGUGCAAUGCGACCGUCGUGUUGACGGUGUCUUCGACAUCUUGCGUUUCUGGGAAGUGCAGUAACCACGGCAACUGUUUGGUGAACACGUUCGGGGCGCUGAUGAUGUCAUUUUGCUCCUGUGUUUCUGGAUACGGAAGUUGGGACUGUUCCGAUAGCUCAAGAAUGGAUAGUCGGGCGUACAUGCUGCUUUCGGUCCUGCUCCUAACUCUAAGCAACAUUCUCUUCUUCUUCUCAAUCUACGUCGCGACGAUCCGCCUGUAUUACACGGAAGCUAUGAUGUAUGCCUUCACCAUGAUCUUCUCUACUUUCUACCACGCGUGUGACGCGCCGUCUCAAGUCGCCUACUGCAUCAUAAGAGGUAAUAUCCUCCAGUUUGGAGACUUUUACUGCGGACUCAUGUCUUUCUGGGUAACAUUACUUGCCAUGAGCAUUAUAAACGAGAGGAUACGUUCCUCCUUACAACUCAUAGGUGCAAUAGUAAUAGCUCUACUUACAACGUGGAACAUGCACUCUUUUGUCUCUUUCUUACUCCCUGUCGCAGUCGGAAUAUCAAUAGUUUUCAGUUCCUGGUAUCUGGAUUACAGAAAGCAUAGGAGUCUCAAGUAUCCUAGAUCAUAUUUCUUUAAGCAUAUGCCUAUAGGCCUCAUAUUAGUCACUGUAGGUUUAGUAUCUUACGGUUUCUUGCAAACGGAACAGAAUUAUAAAAUCGUGCAUUCACUGUGGCACAUGAUCAUAGCUUUAAGUGUUGGGUUCUUGUUGCCCGAUGUCAAACGGGCGAAUGACGUCAAUCCGUUCUUACCAAGCAGUGGUUACUACAAAAUGCCUUUUUCUAGUAUAUUCCGUAGAUCUCCAGCGCCUAUAGCGAAUGAUUAGUGUGACUAAAACAAUGACGUAUUUAUUAGGACAUAAGGGUUAUUUUUGUAAUAUAAAUGUUGGUUAUUGUAAGACCAAUGUUGUAAUUAAGUACAAGUAGCAUAAUACUAUAAUAUUCUUAGCUUUUUUUAUUCAUCACAAGAGUGAACAUUGCGAACAAAUAUAGAGGUGCAUUUUUUUUACUUAGUCGUAGGAACAAAUAAAUAAUAACCUAGUAUUUUUUCUACUAGUCAUCCAUGGAGUACAGAAUUGUUUUAUACAGGUCUCGUGUCAAUACAAAACUUUUCUAUGGCGUAUUUUUAUAAUGAAUUAGUUAAGCAAAAGUUUGAGACGAUGGAAUUGAUACCAAGGUUGGUCAGCUUAGCCAACAUUCCUUUGGUACUGCCGAGUUAUAAGCGGUGACUCAAUCAGUCAGUGUUGGCUGACCAAUGUUUGUUAUGCAUUGCAAUGUUGGUGGUCCAAUAUAUGCCCCAUCUUGGAUGCGAAGUGAUGGUUAUACCAAAUAGAUAUUUACUCUUCAAAUAUAUGUAUAUACUGACUAUUAUAAGGAAAUAUUAUACCUUAAAGUUGAGUACUCAUUCCUACAAUGCAUUUUGAUGUUAGGCUAAUGUAAGUAUAAUGAAAAAAAUGUAAUUAAUAAACCUGUUGUACUAAAUGUUAUUGAAUAUAAAUACUAAAUUAAGCCUAUGACUGCCGACAGAAAACUAUUGAUGGCAAAUCCUCCGCUACCGUUAGUCACCGGUCACGUGUUAAUUAUAAUACUUACGUAACUAUUCGAGAGUGCUCGACUAGUUUCGAGCUACGUGCGGGAGCUAUAAACAUGAAAAACAUGCGCGCUGAUUUAAAAUUAAUCGAGCAACCUCAAACAGUUAAGUUACAUGGUUACGAAUUCGGUGUUACACGAAACUUAUUUAUAAAAAUAUAUGUACCAUAAAAAGUAUAUUUAUAAAAUGGUAUUAUAAAUCCAUUAAGAUCAUUGUGCGCAAAAGCCUCCUUCAAUUAUAUGAAAGUGUUUAGGGGACAAAAAGGUUGCACUUUAUGAUAUUAUUCUUACAGAAAAAGUCUUAUUAGUCGUGGCAGUAAAUAGUACAUAACCUCAACGUUACCUAUGAAUUGAUAUAAAAUUAACAACGGUAGGUAAAAACGCUAACAUAUAAUUUAAUUUGAGUUAAAAGAAAAACAUAAAGUUGUUCAAAAAAUAUAUACCAGCCAGAAACUUAACGACAUGUUUUUUAAAACUUUUAUUAAAAACUUUCUUACUGUUCGAGAACGUUCAGUUCAGUUCCGUUAUAUUUGAAUUUGACAGAUUUUAAAAUUAUUGUUUAUUGCAAUUUUUAAUCUGUUACGACCAGUCUAAGGGUGUCAUUAACCUCU